UGUUCCGCGUUGGCCUGGACGUGGCACCGAGGAGGAGCUCGACCCUCCGGCUUCAGCCCCGUCACCUCCGCUCACCUCCGCUCCGCUCCGCUCCGCUCUGCUCCGCGGCUCCGGUCAUCGGCUCUCUGUCCCCGGCGUGUGUCCGCUGUGUGUUUCGGUGUGUCCCGGCUCUCUGUCCCGGUGUGUCGGUGUGAAAUGGGCCUGACCAUCUCGUCUCUGUUCUCCCGGGUCUUCGGGAAGAAGCAGAUGAGGAUCCUGAUGGUCGGUUUGGACGCAGCUGGAAAAACCACCAUCCUGUACAAACUGAAGCUGGGAGAGAUCGUCACCACCAUCCCGACCAUCGGUUUUAACGUGGAGACGGUCGAGUACAAGAACAUCUGUUUCACGGUGUGGGACGUUGGUGGUCAGGACAAGAUCCGUCCUCUGUGGAGACACUACUUCCAAAACACACAGGUACACAACUACAACUACAUGCUGUUACACAGCUACACACUGCUACACAACAACUACACACU